AUGCCUCACUCGCUGCUGCAGUCAUCCAAGACACAGAUGACAGGUGUCCUUGAGGAGUUUCACCGUUACUCUUCCUUGGCCAAACUCAUGUCAAUCUACCAAGCAACCAACAGGACCUCCUUCAACUGGACAGACAGCCGUAUUAUUGAGUGGGAGAAAUUUGCCGAGCUGGCUAAAUAUGAGCCAGAAUCCCAGAAACCAACAGUGAAAGCACUCCUAAUUGUGGCAUACUCAGUGAUCAUCAUCAUGUCCCUCUUUGGGAACAUGCUGGUGUGCCACGUGGUGCUCAAGAACAAGAGGAUGCACUCAGUCACCAGCCUCUUCAUUGUCAACCUCGCAGUGUCAGACAUCAUGAUCACACUGCUCAACACUCCCUUCACCUUGGUUCGGUUUGUGAACAGCACGUGGAUCUUCGGAAAGGCCAUGUGUCACAUCAGCCGCUUCGUGCAGUACUGCUCCCUCCAUGUCUCCACACUGACCCUAACAGCCAUCGCCCUGGACAGGCACCAGGUCAUUCUGAACCCACUAAAGCAAAGGAUGUCGCUAACGAAAGGAGCGCUGAGCAUCUCUGUUAUCUGGCUGAUGGCAACCUGCUUCUCUCUACCCCACGCCAUCUAUCAGCAGCUGUUCCAGUACCGUUACAGGGAAGCCACUGUCCGGAGUUUGUGCCUCCCUGAUUUUCCUGAGCCUGCAGAACUGGUCUGGAAAUAUCUGGACUUGUCCACCUUUCUCCUCCUGUACCUCCUGCCCCUGCUCAUCAUCACCGUCACCUACACACGCCUGGCCAAGAAGCUGUGGCUGCGCAACGCCAUUGGAGACAUCACCACGCAGCAGUACAUCACCCACCACAGGAACAAGAAGAAGAGAGUCAAGAUGCUGGUGCUGGUGGUGGUGGUCUUUGCUGUCUGCUGGUUCCCCCUCAACUGCUAUGUGGUGCUCAUCUCCAGCCUGGGGAUCAAGACAAAGAACUCUCUCUAUUUUGCUCUGCACUGGUUUGCCAUGAGCAGCACCUGCUACAAUCCUUUCAUCUACUGCUGGCUGAAUGAGAGCUUCCGCUCAGAGCUCAAGGCCUUGCUCUGCAUGUGCCAGAAGGUGCCACAGACUCAGAACAACGUGCUGCCACCUGUGAUCAUGUCGUGCCGAGAGGCAUGGAUGGAGCAAGCCAGAUACAAGAAGGGGCCUUCCUCACAGACCUAUUGCUCUACUGUGAACGUCCAGACAGCCAACACAGAUUUGUGAGCCAAAGCAUUGAGAUGAGUUAGCUGGA